UCCCAGAGUCUUGCAUCCAUUUCUCUCUGUUUCUCGCCGCCGCGGUCAUCGAUGAAUUCAACUGCUCAGCUUCUUCUCCGGCAAACGCUUUCCUUCCAUUCAUCUCUGUCUAUCGGAGGGGCGUCCAGGGAACAAAUUUAUCGUCAUAAAUCGUCUUACUCAUCGCUUCAAGGUCUUACUCUUAGAUAUGACACGCCGAUCGCUCCAUUGCUGCGGAGCUCCUCGAGAAUCCAACUUUUUAGUAGUAGGUGCAUACCCAAGGAGAAAAUAGCAGAUGGGUUCGACUCAGAUCGAUCUUUCACUAAUCUUCCUGAAAGUGAUCAGGUUCUUAUUGAGAAAGGAAAUUCAUUUUUGGAAAUAUUGAAGGGAUCAAACUCAAUUCUACCUCAAGUAGUCCUUGCUAGUACUAUUCUGGCCCUUGUUUAUCCUCCUUCUUUCACAUGGUUUACUAGUAGAUACUACGCCCCUGCUCUUGGCUUCUUAAUGUUUGCUGUUGGAGUAAAUUCAAGUGAAAGUGACUUCAUUGAAGCUUUCAACAGACCAGCUGCUAUUUUUGCUGGUUAUAUUGGCCAGUUUGUUGUGAAGCCAUUACUUGGUUACCUUUUCGGGACAAUCUCAAUGAUUCUUCUUCGUCUCCCAACUUCUUUGGGCGCGGGGAUUAUGCUGACUGCUUGUGUGAGCGGAGCCCAGCUCUCUAAUUAUGCUACUUUUCUAACCGAUCCUCAAAUGGCGCCUUUAAGCAUUGUUAUGACUUCGUUAUCAACUGCCUCUGCUGUUUUCGUGACUCCGAUUUUGUCGCUCCUGCUUAUUGGAAAGAGAUUACCUGUUGAUGUAAUAGGAAUGGUUUCCAGUAUUACGCAGAUUGUGAUGGUGCCUAUUGCUGCUGGGUUACUUUUGAAUAGGUUCUUACCUCGGUUAUCCGCUGCCAUUAGACCGUUUUUACCACCACUGUCAGUAAUAGUGACUGCUCUAUGCGUUGGAGCACCACUUGCGAUUAACAUCCAAUCUGUUAUGUCCUCAUUUGGAGCUUCAGUCCUUUUACUUGUUGUCGCGUUUCAUCUUUCAGCAUUUGUUGCCGGCUAUUUUCUAGGUGGAGUUGCCUUUAGUAAUGCCCAUGAUGUAAAAGCUUUACAAAGAACAUUAUCAUAUGAGACGGGAAUGCAGAGCAGUCUUCUGGCACUUGCACUUGCAAAUAAAUUCUUCAAAGACCCGCUUGUGGGCGUCCCUCCAGCCAUAUCAGUUGUGAUCAUGUCCCUCAUGGGUUUCUCACUUGUCAUGCUGUGGUCGUCCAAGAGAAAAGAUGUCCCUGUUUGAUUUGAUGGAGCAAAACUUUCUUUCUUAUUGUAUUCUUAGAGAGUCUGGGCUGGAAAAUGUAGAAGCUUUUCAUUUGUUUGAACCAUUCAACUGUAUAAACCCGUUCUUGAUUUUUAAUAAUAAAGUUUAGAAGAAAAAAGACUCAAUUUUAA